AUGACCCUCGACUUCUCUUCGCCGUUCUCGUCGUGGAAUGCUGUCCCGCCUGAAGCCCUCUUCUCGGCGCCUGUGUCUAAACGCGUCAGCGACUCUGCGAAGGACAUUGUAGGCAAUUUGAAGACGUAUGCAAAAAAGUGCCAGUGGCUUGUGUUAUGGCUGGACUGUGAUCGCGAGGGAGAAAACAUAGCCUUUGAGGCAGCGGACGCACGCUCCGAAAUCGACUUACGCAUUGGUACGCCACUUAAGGCCUGCAGCAGUAAACUUUCUCUCCAAAGAGGCCUCAUUAGGGCAUGCUAUGUAUCACCCCGCAGAUUCCUUGAGGUUGAGCAGUUCGUCUCCGAAAAGUUUUGGGCCAUUAAAACCGUAGUCGAAAGAGAAGACGAUGAAAACCCCGGACGCCGGCUUGUCGUUGAUUUCCAGUGGGACCGACAACGACUUUUUGACCGCUACCCCAGAACAGAGACCGAACGCUUCACGCGGUCUCAAGACUUGUUGGGGCUCAUUGAAAACCAGCGGGACAGUCCCCUGUGGGGCCCCUUCGCAGUCGAACUGCUUGAAGGUGGUUUUGAAUGGCCCCGCGAUGGCCCUCACGAUGAUAUGCUUAGUUGUGCGUGCUGCUGCAUUACACUGCGCAGUUCUGACGCCAUUGGCUUUGAGACCAAAGUUCAGAUGGACAUUGCAGGCGAAGCCUUCUCCACCACGGGCCUCAUCGUUUUGCAGAAAAACUAUCUUAGUGUUUACCCCUAUGACUCCUGGGUAUCGCGUAGGCUACCAAGGUUCCUACUGCACGAACGAUUUCUGCCGAAGGACGUGACCCUCCACGAGGGGAGUACGCAACCUCCCUCCCUCUUGUCGGAGGCUGACCUCAUCGACAAGAUGGACAAGGAACGCAACUAUGCCAUCAAAACGGAGCUGCAGCAGUUCAAGCCCACAGAUCUUGGCGUCGCAUUAGUAAUGGGAUACAAGGUCGUUGGUCGUCUCUGCAAGGCGGACCUCUCUAAACCGGACCUGCGAGCCAGUAUGGAACGUGACAUGACAAAGAUCGCCAGAGGUCUUGAGCGGAAGGACGAAGUUGUGCAGAGGCAUGUGGGGACGGUUGCGGAAGUUUUCCAUUUGCUGCGCCUGCAUAUAGCGUUACUUGAUGAGCAGAUUCAGAAAAUACUUCCGCCCCUGGCUGCUUCGGAUGCCGAUGCUCGUGUCAUUGAAAGUGACUUUUGCACCUGCGCAAAGUGUGGUGCAUCGAUGAACCUAAUGGCAUGCACUAACCAAGCUACGUGCGAACUCGUUUUAAGAAUGCCUAGGCGGGGCACUCUGACUCUCACUCAGCACACGUGCCCUUAUUGUUGUUUCAAGGUAGGCUCCGUAGGAGCAACAGCCAGUUGGUUUCAUUUGCUUUUGCGAGAUCUCUUUGCCGAUCGCACACUAAUUGCUAUUCACGGAAGUCUCGUUGAAGGCUUAAAGGAGUGCUUUCUCACGAAGUUAGAAUACCCCGACCAGGGUCCUCUGCCAUUACGCCUGCACGUAUGCUUCCCUUCAAUAGGUCAUCAAUAUAAAGAACGUGCAGACCGGAAGAUGGCACUACGUGUGUCCAUACUGCUUUUCAAGGCCUCCAGUGAGCUCUGA